CACAAACAAAGCUCGAAACAAGGUAAAGAUGAAACAGAAGAGAGAUGGAGAGGCCUCGAUGGCGGAUGAAAUACCGUAGAACGCACCGCCCUCGCUUGGAGGAAUACACACGUGGGCGCUUUCUUGUGUGCGCCCUCAAGACGCUUGCUUGAUCGGUACUAGAUCUACUCAAUCUCUACAGGCUUUCGCUGUCUUUUUUAUUCCUUGGCAGCAUUGCAGACUCCUCGAAGCGCGAACCCGUUGCUCUUGUUCCACUCGAUGGGAUGUCCCGUUGUGCGGCGGUGCGUGGUCGUCUGGAAGACAAUGCCCUGACUUGGUUGAUCAAAGUUCGCCUCGUCAUCAGCGCUCUCCUUAAGCUGCUGCCCGCCAUGGGUAAAUGAUCAGGCAUAUCUUUGUUCUACGACGUGCGACUGUCUGAUGCAACUAAAAAUUCACGGAAAUUCUCAGCAUGAAGCGAUCGACUUCGAACCAGCUUCAACCGCGUCCUGCGCUGGGCUCCAGGUUCCUUGGAGCUGUUUUGUACGUCUCAACGACGCACGGUUCUCGACCUUGAGAUCGGACGGUAUCUACCGUUGACGCCGGCGGCAAUGUCCUCAAGUGUUGAAAUGAUAUCUAGCCUAUCCUGUGGCACAUUUUGGAGAAAGGACAAUGAAUGAUAAACUCCCAGCCCGGCCAAGGUCAACAGACAAUAUAUCUAUCGCUAUUCUCAUGUUGAGUGAUGCUUUCUCUGUUAACUACUAUUCUGGUUGAAAAAAAGGGGGUGAAUUUGCUUCGUAAAAGCCUGAAAGUCUUUAUAUUUCGUUGCAAUGCAUCGCCAAACAAGAAAAACGAGCAUCGGAAUUGCCACCAUCUCUUUAUCAUUGUGUGAUGCUUCCAUGGCUUCAAUGAGCCCAUCCAGGUAACUAACUUAAGACCUUUCCAAAGGCGCACAAAUCUAUUUGUCUCAUUUCAGAACUUUCAAUGCGCUGCUGUCUUUCGCAAGGCACUAAACACUCUUGGCUGCAUCGUCUAAGCGAGAAAUCGACCCAGCAAUCCAACCAUCGCUAUGCGACAAGUCUGGGCAGCCGCAGCAAACGAGUUCAUGUAGUGGCAGCGCAAUCUUGGCCAAAAUCUAGCAUGCUCAAAAGUACCUCAUGUAGACGGGAAAGACGAGAGCGGAUGCUCACCUUCGCGAUUUCUACGCGAAACCAUCGCUCAAAUGGACCGUCAAGAAAGCGAUCACUAUUACUAUCAUCAGCAGCAGAAAUCAUUCCCUCACGGAACGUAUAGCAGUCCACAAUAUUCGUCCUUUUCAUACGCGGAACAACCACUUCCACAACCGACUGAUCAGGAUGGCAACUUCCAAUAUGCCGCUCUUCAGUCCAGAAAGCGUGAAGCCAGCACGAACAAGUCACAUGACGUAUCAUCAACGAACCGUGGGAGAACAUGGAAGCAAAAGAUGUCCGGAUGGCGAUUUGGCGCCAUUCUCUUUGCAAUUGCUGCUCUGAUCGUGCUCGUAGCCAAUGUUUGCAUCGCAAUAUACGCCGUCCGAGAGUCUGGUGCAAGUGCAACAGCCGACUUCAAACCAAUUUACACGGGUGACUGCGCGAGGACAAAGGCUUUGAAUACUUGGUUACAUCUGACGAUCAAUGUGCUCAGCUCCAUUCUGCUCAGCGGAAGUAACUAUUGCAUGCAAGUACUGUCAGCGCCAAGCAGAAAAAAUGUGGAUGAAGCGCACGCAGCUCGCAAAUGGCUUGAUAUCGGCAUUCCUAGUCUGCGCAAUCUUCGUGUUAUGACGCCUAAACGGCGCGCAUUGUGGGUUCUAAUUCUGAUUACCUCUGCACCGCUCCACUUGGUUUAUAACUCCAUCUUUUCCCAGUCUUGGACCCGUCAAGCCUACGAGGCCGCGCUUGUCACUCCUGACUUCCUGGCUGGAGCGCCUUUUGACGCCGGCUACACAGAAUACAGCACCGCUCGCGAAGGAGGGCGCCGCCUCUUUGGAGAAAUACAGGCCAACUCGUCGACGUACCAACGUCUGGAACCUAUGGAGUGCAUAAAAGCUUAUAAUAAGAAAGCAAUCUUGGACCGAAAAACUGUGCUUGUGGUCACGUCUCUGAAGACCAGGCCCUUGCUCUCUACGUCGUACGGGCCUGAUUCGCCAGCACGUCUCGAUGACGGAAGUACGAAUCCUGUGUUCGCCGUCGAGGAUUUCGUGGGAAACGAAGUUGGUACGGGAACGUGGAACUGGAUGUGCGACAACUUGUACGACUACAGCUCCGAUGAAGGAUGUGACUUGACGGACGUGUUGAGCGGCAACAAGGAAUGGAGUCCUUUCAUGCCCGGCGUGAAGGUAGAGUAUUGCUUGAGCGAGUACUUGGGAGAACAGUGCGCAUUGGACUUCUCUUUUGGGCUCAUGAUGGUUGUUUGCGUGUGCAAUUUGAUCAAGCUUUCCUGCAUGGUUACCUUGUGCUUUUCUUCUGGCACAACACCAUUGCUCAACAUCGGCGAUGCUGUCUCUUCCUUCCUUGAUGCCGAAGACGUGACCACACGAGGGAUGUGCCUUGCCGGCAAAAAAGAGAUUAAGCAAUACUGGGAUAAGCGGGAGGGAUACACGCCGGUCGAGCCUUUGACCUGGACUAGAACCUCGAUGCGAUGGUUCAGGGCGUGCAGUACUUGGAGGUGGGCUGUAUUUGCCUUGCUAUCCUCCGCGUCGAUAAUCACGAGCAUCGUGCUCCUCGGUUUAGGUCUGUCCAACUCCCGAAGUGGAGGUCUAAAAUCCUGGUCAUUCGGUGUCGCCAGCAUCUAUGACGGGUCUCCAUAUGUCAUAACGUACGGCCAUGAACUAUAUCAACCACAUCGACUUGUGGCAAACAUUCUCUUGGCCAAUCUACCACAGUUGGUCAUCUCAUUUCUCUUUUUAGCAUACAACAGCAUCUUGACUAGCAUGGUCAUGGCGAAGGAGUGGUCAGACUUUGCCCACGAGCGGAAGACUUUGCGAGUAUCAGCGCCUGUUGGCAAGCAGAGAUCAACAUACUAUCUCCAGCUGCCCUACCGCUACGCAAUUCCUCUCCUUCUCUCAUCAAUGCUCCUCCAUUGGGUCACAUCUCAAGCAAUAUUUCUCGACAGACGGAUCGUGCUCCAGGUCUGGUGGGGGGAGCCAUACGAAGAUAACGAUGUAGGUAGCGUGUCAACUGUUGGCUAUUCACCUGUCGCGGCGAUCAUUUGCUUGCUAAUUGGUGUUUCGAUGCUGGUUGCGUUAGUUUUCGUUGCGCUGGGGAGGUACAAGCCGGGGAUUCCGCUUGCUGCGAGCUGUAGUGCUGCCAUCAGCGCCGCGUGCCACCUGGAGCGAAAUGAGCCAGAUGCUGCAGUCUUACCGCUGCUGUGGGGCGUUGCGGCGAGCGAGCAGUGGGAUAGGAUCGGCCAUUGUGCGUUCUCCUCGCUUGGUGUUCGCGAGCCAGUUGAUGGCAAUAGGUAUGCAUGA